CUAAGAUUAAGGAGCAAACAGAAAUUAUGCUUCAUUUAGCAAGAAGACAAGCUAUAUCUAUUCCGUGGUGCACACACACCCCUUCUUACAAAUCACACUCCACUCAAAUUCACUGCACCUCUUCCUUACUUCCCUCAAAUAAAUGAUGAAAUCUUCACUUUCGUUAAGGCUUCUUCAAAUUCCUUGUUUUGCAAGAGCCAUCGUUCGCUAUUCAAGGACUGAGCUGCAUGUUCCUCAGAAGGUUUUCUUAUGUCGAGCCAAGCAUGAUGGAUCAUUUAUCCUACGGAUAGUGCCUCCCACCUUGUUAGCAGCAGAAAAAGAGGAAGCCAAAGCUGUGUUGACUUUGUUCUUGAAGAAACAAGGUUUAAGCAAUGCCGUUGCUGUAAGAACUAUUAACAAGUCUGAUGCUUUUGUUGAUCACUUAGUGGCACGGCUUCACUCUGUCCACAAGUCUCGAUACUUAGUAGGUCGGGAACUCACAACGUUGGAGAUCAGAGAUGCUCUUAUCCCCUACCUCGAGACAGUACUAGAUGAGUAUGGACCUAUUAUGGUGGAUGUUGUGGAAAACUUCCCGGAUCCACCUGUGAUUGAAAAACUAGAAGAAGUAGUCAAACAACCUGUGGUAGAAAAUUCAGUUGCAUCAGUUUCUCCUCCCAUCCCUACUACGGUUGAUGCCAAGAAGCUGAAGGCUUUGGCUCGGGUUAGUGACAUUCUCCCAACUGGCAAACUUCCUUCUCAUAUUGUCUAUCUUGUAGAGCUGGGGAUGGAGCUCGAAGCCAUUAGGGAAGUGAUACGCAAAUUUCCAGCAUUUGCCUACUACAGUUUGGAGGGUAAGAUCAAGCCCGUAGUUGAAUUUCUCCUCGAUCUAGGCGUGCCAAAACAGGAUAUCCCCACCAUCCUGAGCAAAAGGCCUCAACUCUGUGGAAUCAGUCUCACUGACAACCUGAUCCCCACCAUGACAUUCCUCGAGGAAUUGGGGGUGGAUAAGAAGCAAUGGGCCAAAGUCAUAUAUAGGUUUCCCCCCCUUCUCACUUACAGCCGACAGAAACUCCAAUCAACUGUAGAUUUUCUCUAUGGGAUGGGCCUCUCAGCCGAGAAUGUGAGUAAGGUGUUAACUCGCUGCCCCAACAUCAUAAGUUAUAGCGUGGAGGAGAAGCUACGCCCCACUGCUGAGUACUUCCGGUCUUUGGAUGUUGAUGUUGCUCCUCUUCUAUAUCGAGCGCCUCAAACUUUUGGCCUCAGCAUCGAGGGGAAUUUGAAGCCUGUGACGAAAUUCUUCUUGGAACGGGGGUAUAGCAUGGAAGACGUUGCAACUAUGAUCCAGAGGAAUGGGGCUCUGUAUACAUUCAGCCUGCCGGACAAUAUGAUGCCGAAGUGGGAGUUUUUCCUGACUAUGGUAUACCCUAAAUCUGAAUUGGUGAAGUUUCCACAAUAUUUUGGUUACAGUUUAGAAGAAAGGAUCAAGCCGAGGUAUGAGAUCAUGACGAAAUGUGGAGUCAAGUUGCUGCUCAACCAGAUGCUGUCCCUCUCAGAGGAAGACUUCCAUAAACUUUUGAAGAAGAAAAUGGAGAAAAACACUUGAAUACUAGCUUUUGUGGUUAAUGUAGCUGAUGUGAUUAGAUACUUCAAAACUCCUAUUUUAGUUGAAGAGAAUUUGUUUAACAGAGACUCAAGUUUGCUGCAUUGAUCAUAGUUAUGUAAUGCUUAGUAUAGACAUGUUGUAAACUUGGUUUCUUAAUGAGGCAAUGAAGGAUUAGUGUUGCAUAGUGA